AUGGCGCCGCAGCACACCCGCCGAUUCGCCGCUUGCCGCUGGCGGUUCUCCAACGUCGCCAACCCCGACAUUGGCAAAGGCACUUUUCUCUCCCACAUGUCAGACGCUGCCCCCACCGACGCCAUUGCGGUGGCCCGCAGCGGCAACCUCAAGAACCUCAUCGAGCUUGUCAAGGCAAGUGGUAAGAAGAGCGUGACAGAGGCUGUGGAGGAGGGGACUGGCAACACAGCUCUGCAUGCGGCUGUCGAGUCGGGCAAGUCCAAGAUGGUCACCGCUGUCCUCAAGCUCGGCCUGGACAUCGACCAAGUCAACAACGACGGUAACACCGCGUUUCACCUCGCAUGCGCAGCAGAGGCCUCUUCCAUUGCUGCUGCCCUGCUCAAGGCCGGCGCUGACAAGUCGCUGAAGAACAACGACGGCAAGACCGCAACCGCCCUGCUCAAGGCUGCUCGGAAGAAGUCUACCGCCGCCGCCGGUGACACCGGCGCCGCUUCGGCGUCGGCUGCCAGUGCUGGUGGCGAGGGCGAGGGUGGAGCCGGUAGCGAUGCCGGCAAGAAGAAGGUGGUCAAGAAGAAGGUGGUCAAGAAGAAGAUGAUCAAGAAAAAGGUGAUCAAGAAGAAGGGGACCAAGAAAGUGAUCAAGAAGAAGAAGGUUACCAAGAAGGCGAGCGCAAAGGCUGCCGCUGGCGAAGGAACCGAUGCUGGUACCGAUGCUGGCACCGAUGCCGGUAACGAUGCUGACAACGGCGGACCGGAUGGGUCAGCCGACACUGUCGAGGCCGAUACAGUCAAGGCAAAGGCCGAGCCCAAGGCAAAGGCCGAGCCCAAGGCCGAGGCCGAGCCCAAGGCCGAGGCCGAGCCCAAGGCCGAGGCCGAGCCCAGGGCCAAGACCACGACCUCCUCCACCAAGGCGACAGCCAAGCCGGCAUCCGCGACCGCGACCGCCACCAGCUCGGCGUCUGCGUCUGCGUCUGCGUCGGCGUCGGCGUCGGCGUCAGCGUCGGCCCCAGUCACGAUCACUUCCAUGACUGGCAUGGAUGACGAGUCAGGCGCGGCCCAUCUGGAUCCUAAGCUGGCCAAAGCUGUGGCCGCACUCAAGACCUCGUUUACGCAGCGGGCAAGCAUCCUGGAGGCUGCGCCACCGGCAGGGACCGGGGCGACGGCGAUGAUUAUGAAGCCGCAGUGCAAAUCGUCGUACUCGGUCGACUACGAUCCGGCGACCGCCACGGUCGGCUCGCUGCUGGUCUCGCUCGCGGCGCAGCUGGACAUUCCGUACCCCGAAGCGUUCCGGAUUACGCUCGGCAAGUCGCCGGUCGACGCCAAGCCGCUCGAUGACGCGACGCUGGUCUCGUCGCUGACGCUCGGCGGCGACGACGUGCUUGUGGUGCGGAUGGCGCAUGAGAAGCCGCUCUCGGACUACCUGCUUGCGACGUCCGAGUCGACGCUCUCACUGGCGUACCUUGCCGCGGUGGAGAAUGUGUCGGCGGGACUGUGGGCGCUCCCGUCGCAUGGCGUCGCAUUCCGGCUGGCAGGCAUCCGGGUUGUUGUCGGGUGCGGCUCGAUUAAGAGCCGGCCAAAGGUCCAGUCGUUUGUCAAGUCGCUGCUGCGGACGGUUCUCCCGCCGGCACUCAUUGCGGCCAAGCUCCCGGUAGGCUAUCUUGUGACGCGGGUAGUCAACGUGGCGAGCGCGGUUGACGAGCUGUCCAAGUCGAAGCUCAUGCGCAUGUUCCUUUCCGUCUGCUACUCGCUUCCGCGCUACGGCAUGUCGCGGCCUAUCUCGGUGACGACCCAAGUCGAUCCGCUGGUGACCGGCAAGAUGGCGCUUACGCAUGACGGCAUCAUGAUUGUGAUGAACGACGCGCUGCCGCCUCCGCGGUACGCCCAGUUCCUGCCAUAUGGCUCGAUCACUGGCAUGACGACCGGCGCGGAUGGGCAGCUGACGCUCACCCUCCGGCGCCAGAUCGCCGACGCGAGCGACGCUGAAUCGGGCGGGCCGUCAGCCUCUAGCAUCAGCGUCACGCUGCAUCUUGUGGAGACGCCGAGCCUCCGCGACGAAGUUGUGUCUGAGAUUGCGACCUGGAUGGCGCUCAACAUGCUGACGGAGAACCCGGGCCCGGCGUAUGCGCUCACCUCGGCGCUGCCUGCCGUGGACGAGCCGCUGCCGCGGGCGUGGCUGGUGUACGAGCCGCCGUCAUCGAGCCUCCCGGCAUUUGGCGGCGGGUACCGGCGGAUGCCGGACGCGCCGUUCCUGACGCGGCUCGAGGCGUUCCGGGCCUUCUUGCACAAGCGGCUGGAGCGGGCCGGGCUCGAGCCGUAUCCGCCGCUGGAGGAGUGCAUCAACGCAGCCGAGGACGCGGCGGCGCCACUGACGGCGUUCGACCUCACGGGAUCGUCCGAGGUGGCGGCGUACCUCGAGCAUGUCGGGCGCGCGCUUGUCGAGGCUCUCUCGUACACCCCGCCGUUCCCGCGAGUGUACUUUGCCGAGUCGCUGCGGGUCUCCAAGAUUGAUCUCUCGUCGGCUUCGCUCGGCGGCGAGAGCCGAAACCUCGAUGCGGUCGCGCGUUUCUUCUCCGAGUUUGGCGGGCGUGACCUGGCCCAUCUGCUCAACAUCGAGGAGCUCUCGUUGGCGAACAACGGCAUUUCCGGCGGUGAGUGGGGCAAGGUGGCGUCGGCGAUGCGGCCGCUCACGCCGCUCUCGGUCCUCGACGUCUCGUACAACCCGAUGGGUGCGGCGGGCAUGGAGGAUCUUGUCAAGUCAAUCAACGACCGGUCGGGACACGUGACCAAGGAGUGGCGGGCGCACCAUGUGGGGCUCUCGGACGCCGGCGCCGAGGCUGCAGCGCGGCGCGUCUUUGCCAACACAGCCAUGGAUACGCUCGACCUCUCGUACAACGACAUGUCUGACCGCGGGACGACCGAGGUGCUGGAGGCGCUCGAACGCGGGCGCGGUGUGUCUGAGGUCAACCUCUCGGGCAACAUCAUCGGGUCGUCGGCGGCCAAGGUCCUGCUCAAGCUCGCAACCGAGCGAUCGACGGUCCGCUCGUGGCUCCUUGACGAGUGCGACGUGCCGGCCAAGGUGGCGACGGCGCUGGCCGAGAGGGUGGCGACCGGACUGGUCAAGCUCUCGCUCAACGAGGCUAAGCUCGGCAAAAAGGCACUCGCGCCCUUGCUCGAGGGCGUCUCGCAGCGCAACUCGCUCUGCCACCUCGGCCUCGCCGGGAACAAGCUCGACGCGUCGUGGGCAACCGAGUUUGCGGGCGCGCUCGGCUCGUCGUCGCUCGGCAACCUCACGGCGCUCAACCUCGCCAACAACAAGCUCGGCUCUGACGGAGUCUCGGCCAUCCUCGCCGCCGUCGGCUCCAACUCGACGCUCUUCUCGCUCAACCUCGCCGACAACAAGGCCGGCAAGGAGAUUGCUGACGAACUCGCCAGCCACCUUGAGCGGAACAUCUCGCUCAAGAAGCUCAAUCUCUCGGGUGCCUCGUUUGGCGACGCCGGUGCCGAGGCUCUCUCUCACGCUCUGGCCCAGAACCGCGUCUUUCUCGAGAUCCUUCGCCUUGACGAGUGCAAGAUCGCCGACGUCGGCGCCAUUGCCCUCUUUGACGCCCUCAAGACGAACACGCGCCUGCAAAAGCUCUGGCUCACCGGCAACAAGUUCAAGGGCACCAAGGAGCACAAGUCGACGCUGCUCGAGCUCGUCGAGACCACCGAGUCGCUCGACACCAUCGACCUGCGCAACAACUCAAAGCUCGACAACUGGGGCAGCCAGGCCAAGUUGGCGGCCAAAAAGGCGUCCAAGGCGCUCGGCGGCCACUUUACAUGCACCGUCCACGUCGGCGACCUGCCGUGAGGUUCUACUUUGCG